AUGGCCCAGCGCGAGGAACAGCUUUUGCCCGUGUACAUGCAAAUUGCACUACAAUUCGCCGACCUCCACGACCGCGCCGGCCGUAUGCAAGCCAAGAACACAAUCCGUCAACCCCUCCGCUGGCAAAACGCCCGUCGCUUCUUCUACUGGCGUCUACGCCGCCGUCUGAGCGAGGAACUUAUCGUCAAGCGCAUGGUUGCUGCCAAGUCUGCUUCUCCCGCCGUCGCCGGCACUGGUGCAAGUGCUGAGGUCCCUACCCAAGCGACCCGCGCCUCGCACCUGGAGACUCUGCACGCUUGGACUGGAAUGUUGGAUGAUGAACUUGAGCAUGAUGAUCGUAAGGUCGCUAUGUGGUAUGAGGAGAAUAAGAAGGCUGUUCAGGUCAAGGUUGAGGCUCUUCGGACUGAGGGUGUUGCGGCUGAGGUUGCUCAGUUGCUUAUUGGAAAUAAGGAGGGUGGUUUGCGUGGUGUGCAGCAGGUUCUUUCUAUGCUUCCUGUUGAGGAGAGGGAGUCUGUGCUUAAGUAUCUUGGUUCUUCUUAA